CCGCCCGCCUCCCCGGCUCUCCACCUGCGCGGCUUCCCUCCCCCCCGCGCCGUCCCCUCCUCGGGCUCUGCGCCGGCGCGGUGCCCGCCAGGGCUCGAGGGGGAGCCUGCGAGGCGCAUGCGCCGUGCGGGGACCGCCGCCGCUCUGGUGUCGCUGCCGCAGCCGUUGCCGCCGUUGCCGCCUCCCUGCUGGCAAGUGUGGGAAGGAGGAGCUGAGGGCCACCGCCGCCGUUGCCGCCAUGGGGAGGAAGUCGAGCAAAGCAAAGGAGAAGAAACAGAAGCGGUUGGAGGAGCGAGCAGCCAUGGAUGCUGUCUGUGCCAAAGUGGACGCCGCCAACAGGCUUGGAGACCCAUUAGAGGCUUUCCCAGUGUUCAAGAAAUAUGAUCGCAAUGGGCUAAAUGUCUCCAUUGAAUGUAAGCGAGUGUCUGGCCUGGAGCCGGCCACCGUGGAUUGGGCCUUCGACCUGACCAAGACCAAUAUGCAGACCAUGUAUGAGCAGAGCGAGUGGGGCUGGAAGGACAGAGAGAAACGCGAGGAAAUGACGGAUGACCGAGCCUGGUACCUCAUCGCUUGGGAAAACAGUUCGGUUCCCGUAGCCUUUUCUCACUUCCGGUUUGACGUGGAGUGCGGGGAUGAAGUCCUGUACUGCUACGAAGUGCAGCUGGAGAGCAAGGUGCGGCGGAAAGGCCUGGGGAAGUUCCUCAUACAGAUCCUGCAGCUCGUGGCCAACAGCACACAGAUGAAGAAAGUUAUGUUAACGGUAUUUAAGCACAAUCAUGGUGCCUACCAGUUCUUCAGAGAAGCGCUGCAAUUUGAAAUCGACGACUCUUCCCCAAGCAUGUCCGGUUGCUGUGGGGAGGACUGCUCCUAUGAGAUCCUGAGCCGGAGGACCAAGUUUGGGGACAGCCAGCACUCCCAUUCGGGCGGGCACUGUGGUGGCUGCUGCCACUGAACCCCCAAGCUCUCUCCAAGGCCUGUUCUCUCCCCGGUUUCAAGCCGCUUGCCAGGUGCCCUCAGAGCUGUGGCCUCCUCAGCCCCAACCCUGGGGAGGAGUGGUCCGCGCCGCCCCUCCUGCUCUCUCCUAGAAGAGCAGGGUGCCGGAGGGAGCAGAGAGGAGAGGAUGCUGCCGGAAGAGCCGGCGGAGGCCGGGGCACGAGGUGCAUCCUCUCACGGUGGCUGCCUUCUCGCUCGGCUCUCGGCCCUGAGCGUGGGUUCUCCGACUUCCCUACAGCUGGAUUCCUGACAAACCCCCCUCCCCGCCACACACACUGCUGGACAAAUGGAGUGUUUAUUCCCACCUUGAUGAAAGUCCUGGAGCCCUGGGUCAGGGUCUGGCUGGUUCCCAAAGAGGAAUGGGCUCAGUGUAAGAUCUGGGCGUAGAGAGAGUCUUCAGAGAGAUUCCUGUUUCGUGGAUGGGAUGCUCCAGUGGAGACUUCAGGAAGGUCUCUUGUGCCAUGACACAGGGAAUCGAGGGAGCUCUUUCUGGCUGUGCCUUCGCGGAUCCAGUUAGAGUGGAGUCGUCCCAGGGGACCAGCCGACUCUGGGAGAAAGGCUGCCCCCCCUCCCCAUUGCUGUCAGCACGGGGCCGAGAGGACAGGAGCAGGUGUGAGUGGGGCCUGCCGUGGGGGCUGUGGCUUCUCCGGGCUUUGGGACCUGGCCGCACCCUGAGCUUAACCUCUUGAUCUCAUGGCAGUGACUCGAGAUUUUUACUCACAGAAAAGAGCUGGAGCCCUGCCUGCUCUUCUCCGUCACCUCUCACCACUGUUUCUGCCCCUGCCUCUCCCCCCACUCGAUACCCCUGUUCUUACUCUCAAGGGGGAAUAACAUCAGGGAGCCCCUUGUCUUCCCCUAGAAGGCCCCUUGCUCCUGCCAUAUUUAGUGCCGUGUCCUCUCAUAUCUUGGUGCUGUUAGCUCUCUGAAGGUGGGUACCCCCCACCGCCACUGCCCCCUUUGGAGAGCCCCCAGCCAGCAGCAGCCCCUUCCUGCACUCCCCAGCCUGGCCAGACGCUGCUCUUCUCUCUGGUGUCACCUGCGGCAGGCGGGGCGCGGGAGAAGCUUCCUCUCCCCUCCUGGGAUAGAGAGGGCGCAGGGUCAGAGCUCAGACUUGCCCUCAUCCCCAGACCGUUAUCCCCUUCCAGGGAAGAAAAUGACCAAAUCCUUAGCCAGGAAGAAGCACCUACCGCCUCCCCUUGGACAACCUUGAGCUCUGCCUUAGGGAGCGUCUCAAAGGUUCUGCCUUUGCGAGGUUGUUCCGGAGGAGGUCUGUCAGUCCUUCUGACCUCGGUCUGCUCACGCCCCACCCUCUGCCCUGACUCAGGCUGCCUGUGCCGGCCAUCUCCCCCAUCUCCCCGGAGCUGUUCUGGCCUCUCGACCUGCCAGCAGUGGACGUGGCACUCCCUUGGAGAGGGCCUUGCAGCUUUACACUGGAAUAAGCCCACCUUUACCCCUACCCUGCUGACUCCCAGGAGAUUUUACCCAAGGGGGAGAGUUUUCAUUGCUGGAAGGGCAUUGGAGGGCUCCUUCCAAGAAUCAUGGAAUGACAGAAUCACAUUUAGGAAGAGCUUUUCCUCUGAUCCCUGCUGUCUCUCAAAGGACAGAGAAUGAAAUAUUUAUUGUCUUAGAUCAUGGGUUUCUGAUAACCUCCCACUCAAGGGGACCAAAAGGGACCCCAGCGUAAAUCCCACAUAAAGGGAGUUAAGUGUGCGUGUCUCCCCUCAUUGGACACCUGGCACCGAGCCCCAUUGGUAGAUGGGCACUUGGUGUUAGGCCCUGCUUGUCCAGCCGCCUUUGCCACUUCCCAAGGGCUGGCUGGGUGGGGAGGCGCUGCCUGAGACCCGCAGGUCACCCUGUUGUUGGUGUUGAACCCACUCAGUUCUCAGCCAUCAGUCUCUCCAUUUCCCCAAGGUCUUGGUUUUAAGAAACAUAGCAGGCCUUUUGUACCAGGAUUUUUGGUUUGUUUGGGGCAUGUUAAAAUAUUAAUUUUGAGAUUUGUUUUUUAGUUGUAUCCACCCUAUUUCAGGUUAUUUUCAUUGAUGUCAGAUGUGUAUGACAUGUGUAUGGUUCUUUUUAACCCUUCCUGGUGUGUUUUUUUUUUGUUUUUUUUUUAGAGGAAACUUUGAAGAUAAACUCCUUGA